CAUAAAGACAAAGAAAAGAAGAGGAAAAAAAAAAACAGAUUUCUUGGUUUGGCUUACUCGCUCAGCUCGCUCUCACAUUGUUAAGUUAAACUUGAACUUCCCUCUUUACGUUUAUUUUCAUAUCUCUCUCUCGCCGCUUAGGCUAUAGUAGGGCUUCUCCUAUUGGUCGCACUCUUAACCAGCGCCGUGCUCUAUCUUGCGCCCCCGUAGGUGACCGUCUUAUCCCACACUGCCACCCUUCCCUUUCAAACCCUAAUUAGAAACAAAACACAAAAAUUAACAACCAUCGCCCCAGAUCCCAGUCUUCCGUUCUCCGAUCGCAGCUGCACCCAAUCCUGUCGUUUCGAUCAUCGGGUUAGGGUUAGUUAGGGUUAGGGUUGGAAUUCAACAAUCCGUGAAUCGGGAUCAAAAGUCAGCAGAGGAAGAAAUCGCAUAAAGUUAGGGUUUUCAUGCUUUGGCGAUUCACACUUGGUUCGCGACUGCGAUGGCAGCCAAUUCCGGCACCAAAUACGUCUCAGUGAAUCUGAACAAGUCCUAUGGCCAGCAUUCCUCCGCCCGGACGCCGCGCCCUUCCGCCGGAGCCGCCGCGGCUCCGCCGUCGUCGCGGCCUCGCAGCUCGCACAAAGCCGGGCCCAAGCUUUCCGUUCCGCCCCCCUUGAACCUUCCUUCGCUGCGGAAGGAGCAUGAGCAGUUCGAUUCGCUGGGAUCGGGAGGUGGGCCCGCCGGCCCGGGUGGUUCCGGAAGCGGGCCCAGGCCCAGCUCCUCCGGUUUGGGCUGGACCAAGCCCGUCGCUGAGGACGUGUCGCUGCCUGUCGUUAAACCGGCAGCCGCCGCGGCCGCUGUGCCGGUUUCGUCGGCCGUUUUGAGAGGAGAGGAUUUUCCUUCUCUGCGGGCCACCUUGGUGCCUGUGCCUGGUUCAAAUCAGAAGAUCCAGGAGAAUCAGAAUUCGAUUCAGAAUCUGAAUCUGAAUCUGAAUCAGAAGCAGAAACAUUCUCUGGGUGAUGAGAAUGUGUUUAUUGAGGAGAAGAAUGAGGGUUCUUUGGUUACUGAUCAGUUUAGUGUUCCUCGCAGAGUGAAUGUGGCUGGUGGUGGUGAUGAUGGUCGCGGUUCGCGGGUGGUGAACCCGAAGUAUGGUGGUGGUGUUGGGAGGAAGCAGGAGGAGUAUUUCCCUGGUCCUCUGCCGCUGGUUCGGUUGAACCCACGGUCAGAUUGGGCCGAUGAUGAGCGUGACACAGGGCACGGUUUGAGCAGGGAGGGUAGGGAUCAUGGUUUUCCCAAGGGGGAAGUUUUUUGGGAUUUUGAUAUUCCUAGGGUUGGUGGUUUGCCUCAUAAGCAUGAGAAGAGGGGACUAUUGAGGGGCAAUGAAGUUGUAAAGGCUUUGAACAGUGAAGUGGAGGCUUAUGAUAGAAUGGGGCCCGAAGGGAAUUCUUGGAGGAGUUCGAACUUGUCCUUUCCCAAGGAUGCUGGAAAUGAGAGAAAUGGUGUUGGUGUGAGGUCGUCAAGUGGGAGUAAGGAUGUGGGGAAGGAUAGUAACAAGUAUGUUCCGUCGCCAUUUAGGGAUGAUGAUGCUGGAAAGAGGGAUUUUGUAAGGAGGGAUGGUCAGGGUGGGAAACAGCAGCCUUGGAAUAAUGUGGUGGAACCGUAUGGUGAUCGGCAUCGCGAGCAACUCAACAGGAAUAGAGCUGAUUCUGUCCAGAGCUCGGUGUCAAGAUCAGCUUUCUCGAUGGGUGGUAAGGGGCUGCCUGUUAAUGAUCCUCUGCUUAAUUUUGGUAGAGAGAAGCGGGCUUUGCCAAAGAGUGAAAAAGGUUUCUUGGAGGAUCCGUUUAUGAAAGAUUUUGGAGGUUCUAGUUUUGAUGGGAGGGAUUUGUUGGGUGGUCUUGUUGGGGUGGUCAAGAAAAAGAAGGAUGUGCUGAAGCAAACUGAUUUCCAUGAUCCUGUGAGAGAAUCCUUUGAGGCGGAGCUUGAAAGGGUUCAGAGGAUGCAAGAACAGGAGCGGCAGCGAAUCAUUGAGGAGCAAGAAAGGGCAUUGGAGUUGGCUCGCAGAGAAGAGGAGGAAAGAUUAAGGCAGGCUAGAGAACAGGAAGAGAGGCAGAGGAGAUUGGAAGAAGAGGCAAGAGAGGCAGCAUGGAGAGCUGAACAAGAGAGGAUUGAAGCUUUGCGAAAGGCUGAAGAACAGAGGUUAGCUAGGGAAGAAGAGAAACAAAGGAUGGUUUUAGAAGAAGAGAGGAGAAAACAAGCUGCUAAGCAGAAGCUUUUAGAAUUGGAGCAAAGGAUUGCUAGAAGGCAGGCUGAGGCAUCCAAAAGUGGCAGUAAUGCUCCAGUUGUUGUGGAGGAGAAAAUGCCUGCAAUAUUGAACGAAAAAGAAGCAUCAAGGGCUACAGAUGUGGGUGAUUGGGAGGAUAGUGAAAGAAUGGUUGACAGGAUAUUGACUUCAGCAUCUUCUGAUUCAUCAAGUGUGAAUAGGGCAUUGGAGAUGGGCUCUAGGUCUCACUUCUCUAGAGAUUUAUCUUCCACCUUUGGGGAUAGAGGAAAACCAGUAAAUUCAUGGAGAAGAGAUGGAUAUGAGAAUUGGAACAGCUCAACAUUUUAUCCACAAGACCAGGAGAAUAGUCACAACAGUCCCCGCAGAGAUUUAUCAAUUGGUGGAAAGCCAUUUAUGAGGAAAGACUAUAAUGGUGGUGCUGGAUUUGUGUCUUCAAGGCCUUAUUAUAAAGGUGGAAUUUCAGAGCCUCAUUUAGAUGAAUAUGCUCAUGUAAAACCACAGAGGUGGAACCAAUCUGCAGAUGGAGAUAAUCUAAGCAGAAAUACAGAGAUUGAUUCUGAUUUUCAUGAAAAUUAUUUUGAAAGAUUUGGUGAUGGUUGGACACAGGGCCGUUCCCGUGGCAAUCCAUUUCCUCAAUUCCCUGAGCGUACUUAUCCAAAUUCUGAGUCAGAGGGACCCUAUGCCUUGGGGAGGUCACGGUAUUCUGUCAGGCAGCCUCGAGUACUUCCUCCUCCUUCACUAGGUUCUGUUCACAGAACUUACAAAAAUGAAAAUGAACACCCUGGCCCUUCUGCUUUCCUAGAAAAUGAGAUGCAUUAUAAUCAGGCAACCAGAAGUGACUCUACCCUUCCAACUGGUUAUGACAAUGGGAACCGUGGACAACCUGAAGUAGUGGAUGCCCGGCAAGAGACUACUGAGAAUGAGGACCAUAAAGUGGAAUCCACACCGAGGUGUGAUUCUCAGUCUUCACUCUCUGUUUCAAGCCCCCCAAGUUCUCCAACACAUCUUUCUCAUGAUGACUUGGAUGACUCUGGAGAUUCCCCUACGAUAUUGACUUCUGAAGGAAGCAAAAAUGACCCCCUCACAGCUCCAGAUAAUGAAUCCAUUGCAACACCUGCUGGAAAUGAAAAUGUAGUUACUCCAUGUGCUGUCUCUAGUGGGGAUGAUGAUGAAUGGACUACUGAGAAUAAUGAGCAGUUCCAGGAACAAGAAGAAUAUGAAGAUGAAGAUUAUCAGGAAGAAGAUGAAGUGCAUGAAGGAGAUGAUCAUGCUCAACUCAACCAGGAUUUUGAAGAUAUGCAUUUGCAGGAGAAAGGAUUGCCCCACUUGAUGGAUAACCUAGUAUUAGGAUUUGAUGAGGGUGUCCAGGUUGGGAUGCCUAAUGAAAAGUUUGAAAGGACAUCAAAAGAUGAAGAAACAACAUUUGUGGCACAACAGGCUUCUGGCAUCUCUCUAGAAGAAUGUGUAUCUUAUGAUAAUGCAAGUGAUGAUGACAAGGCCCUCCAACCUGUUAAUGAUACUAAGGUGAAUCUUAACAGCACUUCCAGUGUGUUCCAGGAAUCCGAGAAGCCAGCUCAAGAUCUGGUCAUUCAGCCUAGUAAUUCUCUUUCCCCUGUGGUGUCUGAGAGUUUAGGUAAUGUGGAAGCUUCUAAUGGCCUGUUGACCCACCAUAGUACGCUGAGUUCAGUUACUGUUGCCCCUCACUACUCAUCUUCUGGUCAAGCUGUUUCCUCUAAUGUACCUAAUGCUCCAAGUCAAGCUGAGGUACCCAUUAAGCUUCAAUUUGGUCUGUUUUCUGGUCCAUCCUUGAUACCAUCACCUGUACCUGCCAUACAGAUUGGUUCUAUACAGAUGCCACUGCAUCUGCAUCCACAAGUUGGUGCACCCCUCUCACACAUGCAUCCAUCGCAGCCUCCUUUGUUUCAAUUUGGCCAGCUAAGAUAUACUUCUCCCAUAUCACAAGGUAUAAUGCCUCUUGGUCCUCAAUCAAUGUCAUUUGUUCAGCCAAAUAUACCAUCCAGUUUCUCUUACAAUCGUAACCCUGGAGGUCAAAUGCCAGUUCAAAAUGCUCCAGAAACUUCUGAUUCCUUUAUAAAAAAUGAGAUUAGGCAUCAUUCUGUUGACAGCCAACCAGGUAAUUCAAGAAACUUAUCACAAGGUUCACUGCCAAGUGAGAAUGCAGAAAAUAUUGCUGGAAUAAAGCAGGGUCGAAUUGAGUCUUCCCAUGUUCAUAAUAAUAGCAGUAGAACUUCUACUAGUUUCCAAUUGGAUAAGCGGGGGAAUCAAAAUGUAGUUGGAAAGAGAAGCAAUAUUUCAUCCAGUGCAAAAGAAUCAGAAGUUCAGCCUGUCACUAGAGAUGCAUCAUAUAAUCCAGUUUCAAAAGAGAAUUUUAUGGAGUCAAAAACACAAUUUGGUGGCAGGGGAAAGAGAUAUGUCUUUACUGUAAAAAAUUCAAACCCAAGAUCAUCUGGUCCAGCUCCAAGGGUUAAUCGCCCAGACUCUGGAGGAUUUAUGAGGAGGCCUCGUCGGAAUAUGCAGCGCACUGAGUUUCGAGUUCGGGAAAAUGCUGACAAGAGGCAGUCUACUAGUUCCGUUUUGACUGAUCAGUUUGGAUUGGAUAAUAAGUCAAAUAUCAACGGAAGGGGAGCAGGCAUAUCUGGAAGGACUGUACCUAGGAAGGCUAUGUCCAAUAAAUUGGGAAAACAGACGGUAGAGUUAGCUACAGAAAAUUCACAAGGAAUGGAUUCUGGAAGCAGAGGUGAAAAGGUUGAUGGAAAAGAAUCAACGAAGACUCAGGGCUUCUCGCAUUCUGGACAGAGUAAUCUCAAAAGGAACUUGUGUUCUGAGGAAGACGUUGAUGCUCCAUUGCAAAGUGGAAUUAUACGUGUGUUUGAGCAACCUGGAAUUGAAGCUCCUAGUGAUGAAGAUGACUUUAUAGAAGUAAGGUCAAAGAGGCAAAUGUUAAAUGAUCGACGAGAACAGAGAGAGAAAGAAAUCAAGGCCAAGUCUCGGGUUGCAAAGGCGCAACGGAGACCCCGUUCAGGUUCGCAAAGUGUUGUGGCUGUGGCCAAUUCUACCAAAGGAUCCAUAGCUGGAGUUGAAGUGGCAAAUAGUCUCCAUGCUGAUUUUGUUGCUGCUGAUGUGUUGGGAAUGACAAAAAUGGAUGCCUCAUCUGGAUUUAAUUCAAGUUUAUUGUCCCAAGCAUUACCUCCAAUAGGCACACCACCUCCUUUGAAAAUUGAUACCCAGCCUGAUUUAAGAUCACAGAUAAGCAGGUCACAUCAGACAAGUCUCCCAGCAGUUUCUGGUGGUGAAAAGGACCCGGGUUCUGGUGUGAUAUUUGAAAAUAAGAACAAGGUUCUAGAUAAUGUUCAGACAUCUUUGGGCUCUUGGGGUAAUGCACAAAUCAGUCAACAGGUAAUGGCACUUACACAGACACAACUUGAUGAGGCUAUGAAGCCUCAACAGUUUGAUUCACAGGCUUCUGUUGGCAAUAUGACUGGUGCUGUUGAUGAACCCAGUUUGCCAACAUCAUCCAUUUUGACAAAGGAGAAAACCUUUUCGUCUGCAUCCAGCCCAAUUAAUUCCUUGCUUGCUGGAGAGAAAAUUCAGUUUGGGGCAGUAACAUCUCCGACUGUUCUUCCAUCUAGCAGCCGUGUUGUGUCUCAUGGCAUUGGUCGACCUCGAUCAUCUAGAUCAGACAUGCAAAUGUCCCACAAUCUUACUGCAUCUGAUAACGAUUGCAGUCUUUUCUUUGAUAAAGAGAAACAUGGUAAUGAAUCUCAUGGUCACUUAGAAGAUCAUGAUGCAGAAGCUGAAGCUGAAGCAGCUGCUUCAGCUGUUGCUGUUGCUGCCAUUAGUAGUGACGAGAUUGUUGGAAAUGGAUUGGGUGCUUGUUCUGUCCCUGCUUCAGAUGGUAAAAGUUUUGUAGCUGCAGAUAUUGAUAGGGUAGUAGCAGGAGUAGGUUGUGAGCAGCAAUCAGCUAAUCAAUCUAGAUCUGAGGAGCCUCUUAGCGUAUCUCUUCCAGCAGAUUUAUCUGUUGAGACUCCGCCAAUUUCCUUGUGGCCUCCCUUACCAAGUACCCAAAAUUCUUCGGGUCAAAUGAUUUCGCAUUUUCCUUCUGUCCCUCCUCAUUUUCCUUCAGGCCCUCCUUCUCAUUUUCCUUUCUAUGAAAUGAAUCCUAUGAUGGGUGGUCCUGUCUUUGCUUUUGGACCUCAUGAUGAGUCUGCAUCUACAACACAGUCACAGCCUCAAAAAAGUACUACAUCAGCAUCAAGGCCAAUUGGGAGCUGGCAACAGUGCCAUUCUGGUGUGGAAUCUUUUUAUGGACCUCCAACAGGGUUCACUGGGCCUUUUAUUGCUCCUCCUGGAGGCAUUCCAGGAGUCCAGGGGCCACCACACAUGGUUGUUUAUAACCAUUUUGCUCCUGUUGGGCAAUUUGGUCAAGUUGGCUUGAGUUUCAUGGGAACCACUUAUAUACCCUCUGGAAAGCAGCCUGAUUGGAAACACAUCCCUACAUCAUCUGCUGUGGGAGCUGGUGAAGGCGAUAUGAACAGUAUGAAUAUGGCAUCUUCAUUGCGGAAUCCUGCUAACAUGCCUUCUCCAAUUCAACAUCUUGCUCCUGGUUCACCACUUAUGCCAAUGGCUUCUCCUGUGGCUAUGUUUGAUGUUUCUCCUUUCCAGCCCUCUACUGAGAUGUCAGUACAAGCUCGAUGGCCGCAUGUUCCUAAUUCACAACUUCCUCUGUCAAUCCCAUUGCAGCAACAAGAAGGGGUACAAACUUCUCAGUUUAGCCAUGUUCCUUCUGUUGACCAGCCGCUAAAUGCCAAAAGGUUUACUAGUUCUCGAGCUUCAACAUCUUCUGAUGGGGAUAGGAAUUUUCCUAGAGCUGCUGAUGUGAAUGUCAACCAAUUGCCUGAUGAACUUGGAUUGGUGGACAAUUCAAAUUUCACUGCUACCAAGACUUCAGCACAGACUGUUGUCAUCAAGACUCCAUCCGUGAUCCCCAUUACAGAUACUGUGAAGGUUGAUGUUCAGAAUGGCAAUAGCAGCAGUAGUAAUAACAACCAGAACGCAAGUUCUUCUUUCAAGAAUCAGCCCUCACAAUCUGACCAUUCCUCAGGACAUGGUAAUUAUCAGAGAGGUGGUGUUUCUCAGAGAAAUAAUUCUGGGGGCGAAUGGUCCCAUCGUAGAGUGUACCAAGGAAGAAAUCAAUCUCUGGGAUCAGAUAAGAACUUUUCCUCAACAAAGGUAAAGCAAAUAUAUGUGGCUAAACAGACCAUUAGUGGGGCAUCAACAGUGUCAUGAGGAGCGAGAAAAAUCAGCUGGAUUUGAAAAAACUCAGGAAAGGCUUUGUUAUUAAUUUUUGAUCUGGCAGAAAAUAAAAGUUUUGAUUAAAGCUUCUACUUGGGAGGUUGAUUGUUGAUUUUUGCUGGCUACAACAAAUUCCAUACCAGGUUGUGGUAGGGGAUAUUGGAGACUAGUAUUUAGCAUGGUAAUGUGGCUUUGAUGGACACUGUCGUUUUGCAAUGGUGUAUCUAUCAACCAAGCAUGGUCGAUCUUUGUUUUCUUUUGAUCGUAAAAAAAAUGCAGAUUAUUUAUUGGGCUUGUGUAUCGAAAUCAUUAGUUGUCUUCGUAAAUUCUUUCCAUUAAUAAAUGGGAAGUAUCAGUUUUGAGUAAUGCUAGUUUUCAUGUCUAUAA